AUGGAGCGAGCUGCCUUGAAAACCCUUCACAGCGUAACUUCACCUCUCCAUUUCCGUGCAAAAACUUCAUUUUUGUCACCCAAAGUGUUGAGCAAUCUCAAUUCCCCUCUAUUAUCACGUUUCCCUUCUCUAUGUAUAACAAGUGAUGCUAACGCUUUGCCUAAUGGUGAAGCAGCUCAGAAUAAACUUCUACAAGUGGUGUUAGUUUCUCCUCAGAUACCUGGCAACACUGGAAGCAUAGCAAGAACUUGUGCAGCAUCAGCUGUUGGACUGCAUCUAGUUGAGCCAUUAGGAUUUCCAAUUGAUAAUACAAAGUUGAAGCGUGCUGGACUUGAUUAUUGGCCAUAUGUUGUCGUCAAAGUGCAUCAGUCUUGGGAUGAAUUCCGCGAGUAUUUCAGGGGACAGGCUGGGGAAAAGAGGCUGUUGGCAUUUACAAAGAGAGGAACAACUACACAUUCAGACUUCUCCUAUAAAAAGGGUGACUGGCUUGUAUUUGGCUCAGAAACUAAAGGAUUACCACCUGAAGCGCUGCUUGAUUGCAAGAGUGAAUCUCUUGGAGGAGGAACCCUGCGGAUUCCCAUGGUUGAAACAUAUGUUAGGUGCUUGAAUUUGUCGGUAAGUGUUGGCAUUGCUGUAUAUGAAGCUUCUAGACAAAUAAACUAUGAACAACUUCAGUGUCGACCUGACACUUGUAUGGAUACCGAAGCAUCAUUUGUUACUGAAGAUAUUUUUGCUUAGCUGUUAUCGUAUUGCACUUCUAAGAUUGUGUGUCUUACCUAAUGAAGUAACAAACGAGAAAAGGUUAGCAUAUGUCGAUCAUUAAUGUAUUUCAUAUCUUAGUUGUUGAGUCCUCA